AUGAAGUGCCAGGCACCUUACGUGACCAAGAAGGUGCCAGGUCCUCACUCUGAGAUGCACUCCGGGCAGAACCUGCCGGUGGUCUUUGUCUUGGAGGUGAAGGAGGUAGACUCCAGUGAGCACAAGUACGUCCUGGUCCCCACCCUGAGCCUCACCCUCAAUAAAAUGCUGAGGGAUGGGCAGAGGUUGCCCAAGGCCAGCUUCCUGGUGGUGAUCCUGCGCCUGAUCAUCGGGCAUGAAGACUGUGCCCCUAAGGAGGAGAUUACAAGUUUUGUGAGUUUUCGAGAAGAGUAUCUUCUUCAUUUCACUCAGAGUGCAAGCCAGACUCCUUACCUGGCCUGUCCGGCCCUGUGUGGUGUCACCUCGGCCACCUCUCCCACCCGCUAA